AUGGGAAUAAAAACUUUGGUUCAUCGGAAAAUUAAAAAGUACAGACUUUUUAUCGUCAAUAUGCCGAUGUGGAAGACAAAAAUGAUUAAAUUCCGAAGAUCUCCACUCUUAUGCAUUAUACUUUUAAUACUUUUCAUGGCAAUGUGUUAUCAUUUCCUUACUCGACGAAAUGUUAAACAUGAAUUCAAAAGUAAUAUUCAUUCAGAUCAACUAAAACCAAUCAUAUUCGUUGGUGGUUAUCCAAGAAGCGGCACAACGCUUAUGCGUGUCUUACUUGAUGUUCAUCCAAUGAUUCGAUGUGGACCUGAGACAAGAGUUAUACCGAAACUACUUACUUUACGAGAGACUUGGAGUAAAGGAAUUGAAAAUGAAAGACUUCAAGCCGCUCAUCUAUAUCCUGAACCUAUUGACUCUGCUACACGAUCAUUUAUAUGGUCUAUAAUCAAAAAUGCGGGUGAAGAUGCUCCUGUUCUAUGCAAUAAAGAUCCAUUAACAUUCAUUCAUCUUGCUUAUUUAGCUAAUUUAUUCCCUGAGGCAAAAUUUGUUCAUAUGGUACGUGAUGGACGUGCUGUGAUUAACUCACUAAUGAAACGAAAUGUUAGAAUUAGAGGAUCACCUAAUAAUACACUGGAUAAAUUUUUAGCAUGGGAGAAACGCGUUAGUCAAUUUUUACAUCAAUGUGAAAUAGUUGGCUCUAAAAGAUGUAAAACUAUCAAAUAUGAAUCAUUGGUACUGAAACCGACAAAGAUAUUGGGUCAAUUAUUCGAAUUUCUUCACCUGGAAUGGGAUCCAGUUGUCCUACAUCAUGAAAAGGCAAUGAAUAAUAAUGGGUUAAGCAUGCUAGAACCAAGUACCUCACAAGUUGUUCAUCCAAUACAUUUAG